GUUGGGAUGGUUGGGUGUCAGUCAAAAUUUGCGGCUCGGUUUAGGGCCCUUCUUUUCCGUGAAAUCGCCGCGGGCGGAGAAGAGAGGAGACGAGAGCAAGACAAGAGAAAAUGGGUCUUCUCCCAUGUCUAAUCUCCCACCGACAACCCUCGUCCCUAUUGCCUGAGCAUCUACACUCGAGAAUCUGAGUCACAAUGCCGUCUGUGGUGUAUGUGGUGGACGCUGAAGCCCCUCAGCUGCACAACGAGGAAGCGUCUCACACUGGUGCUGCGGCCAAGUGCGCUCCUCCCGUUCUGCCUUUCGACUUCUUUGGGUUGAAGGUUCUUCUGAGCAAGCCUUUGACCAGGGUGAGGAACACGCCACACGAAUGCACGACAGGGUUCAUCCUAUCCCGUGCUUUGUCUUUGGUCUUUGUUCUGCCUUCCUUCUGCCUUUAGGUCGAGGGCAGUGACUUCUAUGGGUUCAUCUUGACCCACCAGCUGCUGCUCUUGGCUCCGGUGGUCUUCGCGGUCCCCCAACACUUCCGUCUUUAUGACACGUACUACUACUCUGACAUCUACUAUUUUUAUGAGGCCCCAUUAGCCCUCAUCAUCGGCCUCUCUAUCGCAAGUUUGGUCCUCUUGGCCUUCUGCUGCUGGUCCUUCUUCGCAAGGAUGUCAGUCCUGGCGCCUCGCAGCGGUGCGCACUUCCCUCACAGCAAAGCGGGGUGGCAGCUGACGACCCACAUCAUCCAGCUAAUCCUACUCAGCAGUUUCCUUUAUUUCGUUCCGUGGUUUGACGUACUUGUCUCGGCGAUUCUCUCUGAGGCUCGCUGGAACAACAAUGCCCCCUGGGUCCUGUGGGUAGUUUUCACGCUCGUCCCCAUCGGUGUUGUGGGAUUGUGGGUAUUGCUUUUCGUGCUGGUCACUCGGUAUCUGGGAACGUAUGCCAUCUCGGGGGAGCAUGCGACUGCACUGGCCAUGGCCUGGAGCACUGUGUACUGCGACACUAUGCGGUGUGUCGCUGUGCCCUUUCUGUUUGUGGCGGCACUGUCUAAGAGUUCCUACUCACUCCUCUGGGUUUUCGGUCUGGCCAUGGCCUUGUGCUUGAUCGUGGUGCUAAUCCGUCUGGUGCUGUCGCUUUUUUCGGCGAAGCCCGCUUCAUCUCAUGGCAGACCAUUGCCCGCAGCCCCUGCUCCGCAACCAUAUGUGUAGGAGCGGUGAGAUGGAUGGAUUGGUGGGCUGCUUGUGGGUCGUGGUAGUCCGUGAGUGAGCAGCGUGCAUCUUUGGUGAAGUACGUCUGUGUGUGUCCAUGUGUGCGUACAGCUGAUGUGGUGGAUACUGAUGUGUAUUUGUGUGAGUGUGUGAGUGGAUCGGCUACGGGCCUGCUGGCGGCCGACUGGGAUACAAGCGGCAGAUAAUUCAUGCUGCCGUCUGUCGAUAGGUCUGUCGGCCUUCGUGUUGGGUGCUGCAUGUCUUGCCUGCAUGAUGUCUGGAGCAGAGACGUACGUGACCUAUGGUGCAGCGACUGUAUUGAUUGCAAGCUGACGCGUCG